AUGGCUGAAGAGAACCCCCCCAAGACGGUCGUUCAAGACCAGGAUAUCAACCCCUGGUCUGUCGAGGGUGCGCAGGGCGAGAAUGGUGAAGUCGCUGCCAUCAACUACGACGCCAUCUGCAAGAAAUGGAACACUUCAAUCAUCAACCAGGAACUCCUCGAGCGGUUCGAGAGAGUGACGGGCAGGAAGCCGCACCGCUGGCUCCGACGCGGCCUCUUCUUCAGCCAUCGCGACUUUGACAAGAUCCUCACAAAGUACGAGCACGGCGAGCCCUUCUUCCUGUACACGGGCCGCGGACCCAGCACCGGCAGCCUCCACCUGGGCCACACGAUCCCCCUCGAGUUCACAAGAUGGCUGCAGGAGGUCUUUGACGUGCCCCUGGUCUUCAUGUUGACGGACGACGAAAAGGCCCUGUUCAAGGACAACCUGACGUUUGAGGAGACGCUGGCGUACGGCAUGGAGAAUGCGCGCGACAUUAUCGCUCUGGGUUUCGAUGUAAAGAAGACGUUUGUGUACAGUGAUCUCAAGUAUUUGAGUCAUCACUUCCUCAUGAACGCCUGGGAGUUUUCCAAGCUGGUCACCUUUAACCAGGUCCGAGGAGCCUUUGGCUUCAACGAGAGCACCAACAUUGGCAAGAUCUUCUUCCCAUCGGUGCAGUGCGUGGCUGCUUUCGCAACCUCGUACCCCGAGAUCUGGACCGACGACCCUUCUCCCGUCCGAACAAAGCAGCUCGGCAAGAUCCAGUGCCUCAUUCCCAUGGGCAUCGACCAGGAUCCCUACUUCCGCCUCCUUCGAGACAACUCGCACCGCAUGAAGAACCCUUCGCCAAAGCCUGCCCUGAUUCACUCCAAGUUCCUCACGGCGCUGCAGGGUGCGGGUGGCAAGAUGUCUUCUUCGAACCCCAACUCGGCUAUUUUCAUGACGGAUACUGCUAAGCAGAUCAAGAACAAGAUCAACCGCUAUGCCUUCAGCGGUGGCCGUGAGACUCUUGAGGAGCACCGCGAGAAGGGAGGAAACCCCGAUGUCGAUGUGGCGUACAUCUACCUCACCUACUUUGAGGACGACGACGAGAAGCUCGAGAAGAUCUACAACGACUACAAGAGCGGCGCCCUCCUGACGGGCGAGCUGAAGAAGCUAGCGAUCGAGGCUCUGCAGCCUUACGUGGCGCAGUUCCAGGAGCGGAGAAAGGAGGUGACGGACGAGGUGCUGGAUGCCUUUAUGAAGCCGCGGAAACUGCAGUGGGCCGGAAACCCGAACCCCAAGCCCAAGGAGGAGAAGAAGAAGGAGGAGAAGAAGGGCAAGGCUGAGAAGAAGGCCGAGGACAAGACUGUCGAGCUGCCUGACAGAACGGCUGAGCCUUCAGCUUAG